AUGCUUGACCCCGGCCCCGUCCGGCCGUUUCCCGAGGAACUCCUGCAAUUGGCCGACAUCGUAACCCCCAACGAGACCGAGGCCGAAGCCCUGGUGGGCUUUCCUGUUGAUGGUAGGGAAUCCGCGGAGCGGGCCGCCGGGGAACUGCUACGCCGGGGUGCCGGUACCGCCAUCGUCAAGAUGGGAGCGCAGGGCGCAGUUUUCGCCACAGGCUGGCAGGGCGACGAAAGCGUAUCUCACGAGCGGUUCAAGGGCCACCAGACAGCCUUCCCUGUGGAGGCGCUGGACACCGUGGCGGCCGGCGACGCCUUCAACGGAGCCCUGGCCGUCUUCCUCGCCGAGGGCCGGCCGCUGGAACUGGCGGUCCGCCGUGCCUGCGCUGCCGGCGCCCUUGCCGUUUCCCACACGUGGGGGCCCAGGAUCGAUGAGACAAGGGAUGCGGUGGAGGCCCUACUGUCAGCCGGUUAG